AUGGCGGCGACUCAAAUUACCAUCGAUCAGCUAGAUAAAGAUCAAAUAAAGUCGUUUUCGGACUUUUUGCUCUCGUAUAACAAACUGUCCGAGCUCUGCUUCAUCGAUUGCGUGAAUGAGUUUACCGGACGGACGGUGAGCGAUAAGGAGGACAAGUGCGCCCUGAAUUGCAUGGAAAAGUUUCUCAAGAUGAACCAACGCAUCUCCCAGCGGUUUCAAGAAUUCCAGAUGCUAGCGAACGAAAACGCUAUUGCAGCGGCACAGAAACUGAGUGGCAAAUAA